GAUUUUGACAAGUGACAUAUAUCAAGCUUAAAGUCGCGCUUUUCUUGUAACAUUAAAUGGUGUUGGUGUCGGCUUAGAUGGUCUUUAAACUGCGUUAAAAUGGCAAACGUAAAUCUUGAUAAAGAAACAUUUUACCGUAGAUUAAAAAAGCUGUAUAAUUUCUGGCAAAAUUCGGAUAGUGAAAAUGGACUUUCGAAGAUGGAUGCGCUAGUUACUGCUGUUGGCAAAGACGACGACAUUGUAUACAGCAAAUCCGGUGCAUUGCAAAUAUGGCUCUUUGGCUACGAACUUACAGAUACCGUAAUGGUCCUUACCGAGAAAAAAGCUUAUUUUUUAACUAGCAAAAAAAAGAUAGACUUUCUUCGACAAGCAGACACUAAGGAGAAAGAUGAUGGCCACAUUCCUUUGGGUUUAUUAGUGCGAGACAAAGACAGUGAUGAAGCCAAAUUUAAAGUGUUAUGUGAAGCUAUAAAAGAGAGUAAAAAGGGGAAAACUUUGGGUGUUUUUUCUAAAGAUAAUUACGGUGGUUCAUUUGUUGAAGGCUGGAAAGCAGUAGUUAAAAAACAAGAUUUCCAAACUGUUGAUAUGAGCUCUCAGAUUGCCUAUCUUAUAUGUCCGAAAGAGGAAUCAGAGAUUCUUACAAUUAAAAAAGCCUCAAUGGUAACAGUAGAUGUAUUCACAAAAUACCUUAAAGAUCAAAUAAUGGAAAUAAUAGAUUCUGAGAAAAAAGUAAAACAUAGUAAAUUAGCAGAGGGUGUAGAAUCUGCAGUUAAUGAUAAAAAGUAUGUAUCAGGAGUAGAUAUAAAUCAGGUUGAUAUGUGCUAUCCAGCUAUCAUACAGUCUGGUGGCAACUACAAUUUGAAGUUUAGUGUAGUUAGUGAUAAAAACACACUUCACUUCGGAGCUAUAAUUUGUUCACUAGGAGCCCGAUAUAAAUCUUAUUGUUCAAAUAUUGUGAGAACUUUAUUGGUAAAUCCAACUGAGGAAAUUCAAAAUAAUUAUAAUUUUUUGCUCACCAUAGAAGAAGAAUUGAUGAAAAAGCUUCAGAGCGGAGUAAAACUAUCUGAUGUUUAUGAUACUGGUUUGCAGUUGGUUAAAAAAGAAAAACCUCAACUAGUAGAUCAUCUCACCAAAAAUUUUGGAUUUGCAAUGGGGAUUGAAUUCAAGGAGAAUUCACUUAUUAUUGGACCAAAAACGACAGUUGAUGCUAAGAAGGGCAUGGUAUUCAAUUUAAAUAUUGGGUUUUCAAAUUUGGAAAAUAAGGAAGCUUCCGAAAAAGAAGGAAAGACAUAUGCUUUGUUCAUAGGAGAUACAGUACUAGUAAAUGAUGGUCAACCGGCAACUGCUUUAACAAUAUCAAAGAAAAAGAUGAAGAACAUUGGUAUUUUUCUCAAGGAUGACUCAGAUGGUGAAGAAAAUGAUGAAGAAAAAGAAAAUACACCCAAGACUGAAAUUCUUGGUAGAGGAAAAAGAACUGCUGUUUUAGACUCCAAAUUGCGAACAGAACACAGUACAGAGGAAAAAAGAAAAGAGCAUCAGAAAGAAUUGGCAGCCCAAUUAAAUGAAAAAGCCAAAGAACGUCUUGCAAAACAGUCGGGAUCUAAAGAUAAAGAAAAAGUUAGAAAGAACACAAUCUCUUAUAAAAGUGUUAAUCAAAUGCCUAGAGUUCCUGAAGUGAAAGAACUCAAAUUAUAUGUUGAUCAAAAGUAUGAGACUGUUAUUUUACCAAUAUAUGGAAUUGCUGUACCAUUCCAUAUAUCUACUAUUAAAAACAUCUCUCAAUCUGUUGAAGGAGAUUAUACUUAUCUACGUAUAAAUUUUUUCCAUCCUGGAUCUGCCAUGGGAAAAAAUGAUGGUAAUGUAUGGUCACAUCCUGAAGCUACUUUUCUCAAAGAACUGACCUACAGAUCAUCAAACACAAAGGACCCUGGUGAAGUGACAACUCCAUCAACCAACUUGAAUACUGCUUUCAGAUUGAUAAAAGAAGUACAAAGGAAAUUCAAAACUCGCGAAGCUGAAGAAAAAGAAAAAGAAGAUCUGGUUAAACAGGACACUCUUGUAUUAUCCCAAAAUAAGGGUAACCCUAAACUGAAGGAUUUGUACAUCAGGCCAAAUAUUGUAUCAAAACGAAUGACUGGAUCAUUAGAAGCUCAUACAAAUGGGUUUAGAUAUACAUCCGUUCGAGGAGAUAAAGUUGAUAUUCUUUACAACAAUAUUAAAAAUGCAUUUUUUCAACCAUGUGAUGGUGAAAUGAUCAUUUUGUUACAUUUCCAUUUGAAGCAUGCCAUUAUGUUUGGGAAAAAGAAACAUGUUGAUGUCCAAUUCUACACUGAGGUUGGUGAAAUUACAACAGAUUUAGGAAAACAUCAACAUAUGCAUGACAGAGAUGAUCUGGCCGCUGAACAAUCUGAAAGGGAGUUGAGGCAAAAGUUGAAGACUGCAUUUAAAAGUUUUUGUGAAAAGGUUGAAUCGAUGACUAAACAGGAAAUUGAAUUUGAUACUCCAUUUAGGGAGUUGGGAUUUCCAGGAGCACCUUUCCGUUCUACUGUUCUUCUCCAACCAACUUCAGGUUGUUUGGUAAAUCUCACAGAAUGGCCUCCACUUGUUAUUACUUUAGAAGACGUAGAAUUGGUACAUUUUGAACGUGUACAGUUUCAUUUGAAGAACUUUGAUAUGGUGUUUGUUUUUAAAGAUUAUCAUAAAAAAACUGUCAUGAUUAAUGCCAUACCCAUGAAUAUGUUGGACCAUGUUAAAGAAUGGUUAAAUUCAUGUGAUAUCAGAUAUUCUGAAGGUGUUCAGUCUCUCAACUGGGUGAAAAUUAUGAAAACAAUAACAGAUGAUCCAGAAGGAUUCUUUGAUAGUGGUGGAUGGACGUUCUUGGAUCCUGAAUCUGACGAAGAAGUUGCCAAUGAUGAAGAAUCUGAAGAAGAGGACGAGGCUUAUGAACCUACAGAUAAUGAUGAAGAGGGAUCUGAUUGGAGCGAAGAAGAUUCUGAAUAUUCAGAAGGAGAUACAGAAGAUGACGAUGGAGAUGAAUCUGAAGAUUUAGGCUCUGACGAAGAAUCUGGAAAGGAUUGGUCAGAUUUAGAAAGAGAAGCUGCUGAAGAAGAUCGAGAAAAGGCGUAUACAGGCGAUGAUGACGAUAGCAGAAGGAGCAAAAACCGGAAUAAAGGCAGCGAUAAAUAUUCUUCUAAAAAAGACAAAAAUAGUAAACACAGCAGCAAUCAUAAGAGCUCUAGCAAACAUUCCUCUUCUAUUAGUAAACAUUCUAGUUCAAAAGAUAGAGACAGGCGUUCUUCUUCCAAUCACAAAUCUUCUAGCCACUCUAAAUCUUCAUCUUCAAAAGACAGAGACAGGCACAAUUCUUCGCACAAGAGCAGCAACUCUAAUGAUAAGAAAAGGCACAGGAGUUCCAGCGGCGACAAACAUCACUCAAAAAAAUCUAAAAAGUAAAAGUAUAAUUUUAAUGAUCUUUUUAUUAGAUUGCAAGUUUUCUUAAUCAUUAAUAAAAAUGUCAUUUCUCAUAGAUUUGUAGAUGUUUUCACCGAAAAGUUUUGUGAUUUUCAUGUAAAUAUUAACUAAUUCUAUUGAGAAAAAAUAUGUUUUUAGUAUACUUUUAUUGUAAAGAACUUGGCUAAACAUUUCAAUUAUAUGAAAAUUAGGAAGGGUUGAAAUCUUUGGGAUGAUUUUUGAUGUCAAUAUUUGACGUGUAUUUCAAUAAAUAAAAAAGAAAACUCCCUUUUGGUGUUACUAGAAAAUAGGAAUAUAAUUUUCUUUAAAAUAUGAAUAUAAUUACAAUUUGAACGGUAUAUAUUCAAGAACUAGCUGCCUAAAAUCAAUAACUAACUGUGAUGUUUUAUGAUGAUUAUUCCAUUCAACUUAAUUUUUUUUACUAAGGUCAUAUUUUUUUAGAAACAUGUUAUCUUACAUCAUAAAAGCUUUUACAUAACAGAUCCUGUGGUAUGACUCUGUUCUUAGAUAUCUUGCCUGUAUGUUUAAUUUAUUUCAACAAAACAGUCAGAUUUCCUUAGUUAAAAAAUUUGAUUUGUACUUAUUACUACCUCCAUUUCAUAUCCACAUAUUCAUUAUAAAUUGGGAUUUAGAUUAGUUGUAUGUGUAUCUGUGUUGUUUUGAACUAAUUUAGUAGUUUGUAAUACGAGUUUUUUAUCUUCUCUGUUUUUCAUAGAAGUUUUUAGGCGUUAGCUGCUUGUUAAAAGAAAAGUUUUCGCCCGACUUUAGCCAGGUAAUAACAGUUUUUAAUUUCCAUUCUUGUAAAUACAGUAGGCCAGGUUGUUUAAAACACAGAAUCAAAUGUUAAGUUAUAAUCAAUCAAUAGAAUUAAUUGUACUUGAUUAUCACAAAUAUGCUUAACAAUUUUGUGUACAGUUACUCUUUUUGAUAUGUGUAUUUUUUUUUAUUAUUAUUAUCAUGUAUUACGGUUGGUUGAAACAAAUUUUAAAAUCUUAUAAGAAUAUAAUCAUAUAAUUUUAUCUUUUAAUAUCUCUUAUGAAGGAGACUUUUCUGUUUUCUGCAAACACCUUCAGUUCUUAGUCAACCUUUACCACCUCUAAUACAGAUCUCUGUGAAUGUCAGUGACUGGAUUUCAUAUUACAUGUUUGUUUUCAUUAUUUCUGUAUUUACGGCAUUUAAAUUAUAUUCCUUACACUAUUCCAAACAUUGUUUCUUUUCUAUAUAGUUUACACAUUAAAUUGUUUAUGUAUUAUAAUGGUAGUCAUAAUUUUUUUAAGUAAAACUUCAGUUGUGCAGUUUAUUUGCCUAGAUUUUGAAGAAAUAUUGUUUUUCGUUUGUCUAAUGUUAAAAUGUUUACCAAAAUAUUUAUUAAUGUAUUAUAUUUAUAUAAAUAUGAACAGAUCGUUAGCCUUAUUUAUAAUGUGAAUGAGGUCUUAGUUAUUGUUUUAAAAGUUGUACCGAACCAACCACUAAAUAAACAUUUUCAUAUAAU